CUCACUGUGACUGGCUGUGAUUCGGUCACGAGUUGAACACGAAGCAACACGCAGCACGAAACACGUGACGGUGGUCGUGCCGCUCGUUAGAUUAACGAGUGUCGCAAUUUUGUUGUGACGUAAAGUUCGAAAAGAGGCAACGGCAAAUACGUGAAACGCGCUACGUAACACGUAACACGUAACGCGACGCGCUCGAAUGCGUUACGCGACGCAUGAAAUGGCGGCACGCAAUUCGCGCUACAUUGAAUCCAAACGCAUCGACAACAAAUUUCUCUAGUCCUACGCAAAAAGCUUUGGCCACGGAGCUCUCCAAUCUGAUACCGGAGGAGUACGAGCCGCAGUUCGAUAAUAGCUCGGAGCGUGAAAUAAUCGCUGCCUUGGGCACGACAGCUCGCAUGCAUUGUCGCGUACGUAAUCUGGGCGAUCGUGCCGUCUCCUGGAUCCGGCAGCGGGAUCUCCAUAUACUCACCAUCGGCAUCAUGACCUACACCAACGAUCAACGCUUUCUGGCCCGGCACAUUGACAACUCCGACGAGUGGGUGCUCAAGGUCGUCUCGGUGCAGCCGCGCGAUGCCGGCGUCUAUGAGUGCCAGGUCUCCACGGAGCCAAAAAUAAGUCUCGCCUACAAAUUGAUGGUUGUGACGUCCAAGGCACAAAUCCUGGCCAAUCGCGAACUGUUCAUCCAAAGCGGCAGCGACAUCAAUUUGACAUGCAUAGCACCCCAGGCGCCAGGACCCUACACACACAUGCUCUGGUACAAGGACACCGAACUGGUGAGUGAUUCGACGCGCGGCGGCAUACGCGUCAUCUCCGAGCAGCAAAUCAAGACGAGCAAUUUGGUUAUAUCCCGUGUAUUGCACACGGAUUCCGGCAAUUACACGUGCUCCGCGGAUAACUCAAACUCCGACAGCGUCUUUGUGCAUAUCAUUAAGAGCGAACAGCACGCGGCCAUGCAGCAUGAGCUGGGCAUUAGACUGGAGGCUGGAGGCCCGAGCCUGUGGCUGCUGCUUGGCCUGCUCCUCCUGCUGCAGCAUAUGCCACACCGCCCCCUACGCCAGCUGGCCUUCUUCUAGGCUCUGAGCCGCAACUUAUGUUUGAUGUCUGCUUUGGCGUUGCCCUGGGACGGUGGGGUGCGUGGGCACAGGGCACUGUUGACCCGAAGGGAUGCUGAUGCCACGCCCACACGGCCCAACAUGCAAGCGCUGUAUAUAGGAGGUAGAGACGCAUCUGUGUAUAUAUUGUAAAUCGAAUUGGGCUUUUCAUUUAGGCAGCUUUAAGUAUUUUUAUACGUAGUUAAGUAAAAAUAACAACAAAUAAUUAAAAUCGAUAAAUCGAUUCAUCGAUACAUCUUUAAAUCGUGCAAUCGACUAGCCCUAAGCCAAGUAAAACGAAAAUGAAAACAUUAAAUCGAAUAAUCGAAAAAUCGAAAUAUCGAAAAAUAGCAAAAUAAUGUAAAUACAUAUAUGUUUAAUCUUAAUUAACAAGUGACAAGAACCAUGUUAAAGUGUCGCGCCCGUCAAAUACAAAUUGAAGGUGUGCACAACAUAUGUAAACACACACACACACAAACACACGCAUAUAGGCAUUGCUAUACUAACUGUCAUCUAGAUUAAUUAUGAUUAAUUGUGCCACUGCGAGUGCAAAAUUAAAUUUAAAAAAAAAACACA